AUGGUGGGCUACGACCCCGACGCCAAGUGCGUCUCCACGCUGGAAGCGGCCGCCGCGGGAUCAGCCUCCGGGCUCGUCAAUCGGGUCUGCGUCAGUCCCUUGGAUGUCAUCAAGAUCCGCUUCCAGCUUCAGAUUGAGCAGCUCUCCUCCAGAAACCCGCUGGCCAAAUAUCAUGGCAUCUUGCAAGCCGCACAGCGCAUCCUCCGGGAGGAGGGCUUGUUUGCCUUCUGGAAGGGCCACGUCCCUGCUCAGUGCCUUUCGGUUGGCUUUGGAGCUGUCCAGUUCAUGGUGUUUGAGGGCUUGACAAAACUGGUGCACAACGUCACGUCGUACAGUGCCCGCGACUCCUUCGUGCACUUCGUCUGCGGCGGCCUCUCCGCCUGCACAGCCACUGUGGCCGUGCAGCCCGUGGACACGCUGCGCACCCGCUUCGCUGCGCAGGGGGAGCCAAAGAUCUAUCACAGCCUUCGCCAUGCAGUUGUGACCAUGUACCGGACAGAAGGGCUGUGGACUUUCUACAGAGGUCUGACCCCCACAAUCAUUGCUGUCUUCCCCUAUGCUGGUCUCCAGUUCUCCUCCUACAACAUAUUUCAGCAGUUUUCCGAAUGGGUGAUUCCAGCUGAAGGAAAGAAAGCAGGCAAUGUUAAAAACCUUGUUUGUGGCAGCUGUGCUGGAAUCAUCAGCAAAACCCUCACUUAUCCAUUUGACCUGUUCAAAAAACGACUCCAAGUGGGUGGCUUUGAGCAAGCCCGAGCAGCCUUUGGGCAGGUGCGGACGUACAGGGGGCUCCGGGACUGUGUGAGGCAGAUCAUGCGGGAGGAAGGCCCGGGCGGGUUCUUCAAGGGCCUUUCCCCCAGCUUGCUCAAGGCUGCUGUCUCCUCUGGCCUCAUCUUCUUCUGGUACGAGCUGUUUUGCAGCCUGCUGUGCACUCUGAAGAGCACUGAUACCACUAAGAAGAAGAGAAGCUGAAAAGGGCAC